GAGCAAGUUCGGUUGCACCAACACCGGUACAUAGUCGUGGACCGGCGUGUCCUUGGACUUAGAGAGCGGGACGUCUGUCUUCCGAGCGGGUAUCCUAGUAGCACUAGCGACGAAAGAGCGAAUUAAAAAUGGGUGAUGUUGAGAAAGGCAAGAAGAUUUUUGUUCAGAAGUGUGCCCAGUGCCACACCGUGGAAAAGGGAGGCAAGCACAAGACUGGGCCCAAUCUCCAUGGUCUGUUUGGGCGGAAGACAGGUCAGGCACCUGGAUUCUCUUACACAGAUGCCAACAAGAACAAAGGCAUCACCUGGGGAGAGGACACACUCAUGGAGUAUUUGGAGAAUCCCAAGAAGUACAUCCCUGGAACAAAAAUGAUCUUCGCUGGCAUUAAGAAGAAGGCAGAAAGAGCAGAUUUGAUAGCUUAUCUCAAAAAAGCUUCUAAUGAGUAAUAGUUGGCCACUGCCUUAUUUAUUACAAAAUGGAAAUGUCUCAUGACUUUUUAUGUGUACCAUAAUUUAGUUGAUCUCAUACACCAGAAUUUAGAUCAUGAGUGACUGACAGAAUAUUUUUGUUGGACAGUCCUGAUUUAAGUAAGACUGGUUUGUGGUAAAUAUAAUAGGUUUUUUGAAUUUUGAUAGUAAUUCCAGUCCAGUAAAUACUAUCACUGUUUUCCCCUUCUAAAGACAUGAUUGGACUUGAUUAGUAGUGUUCAACUUUUCACAAAGAUGGUGAAUGCCAUCUCAGAACCUAUUGGAGAUUGGUUUUAUAUCUAGAUUUAUAACUGAUUAUAUGAAUAAAUUUAAAUACUGGAAAAAUCCCUUCAGAGUUGCAGAACCGAGCAAGACUCACCUUUGUUUUAAUGUGUGUUCAUUAGCCUGUUAAAGGCGAGGGCUGAAGUUAAAGUAGCAAUGUCUACUUUAUAUUUUUGGUCUUAACUAUGCCAAUCUAAUGAGAAUUCCCUGUGUCUAAAAUGCUGCCUUUUACUUAUUUAAAAGCAUUUUAGUGUGGUUUAUGUAUUAUAUCAAAUAAGGAAGAUUUAACACUUGUCAUAUUUUAUAGAUGAUAUAUGAGAACAGAUGCUUUUAAAAGUCAGGGUGACGAGAUAUAAUACCAAGUUAAAUUUUACUUUUGAAUUCUUUACUAAGUCAAGCUCAGUUAUAAUUUAGGAUUGCCUUUAAACAAGUAUUCAAAAACACAUAAAACUGUAGAACUACUGUGUAUGUGUGAUUGGUAAUGGUGCUUUUGCCAGCUCAUUAGAAGGAUUAAAGUAAAAGAGCUAUACACAAAUUUGUAAAUUAUGUGGUUAUAAGACCUAAGAUAAUUAAAAUCACAGACCAUGAUUUUUUGACUGUGCUUGAUUUAAUGACUUAUGCCAAAUUUUUUAUUUUUGGCAGCUGGCCAGUAUGGGGAUCCGAACCUCUGACUUUAGUGUUAAAAGGCUGUGCUCUAACCAACUGAGCUAACAUGCCAGCCUGUUGCCAAAAAUUUAAUAGUUAAAAAGUAUUAUGGCCCUAAAUACCAAUGCAGCAAUGUUACUAGUCAUGGUACUAGAUUGUGUUUACUUGGUCCUCUAGGACAACCUGAAGUAGAACAACACUUCACUAAUUCACCGUUAAAGUUUCUUUGACCAGAAGGAGAACUACAGCAUUUGUGCCAGACAUGGAUAAAAAAAUGUUUCUGGUCAUAGUUUUGUGCUCUGUAACAGUGUAUGGUUACAUACUAGAUUAUUUUGUACACAGUGUGUGCCAUACACAUUUAGAGUAGUCCUUGGAAAUUUUAUGGACAUGGUGAACUUGAACUAAACCGUAAAGAAUAGUGAGGGAAAUCUGUGCUGAUGGAGGUGAAAGCCAUGUCUUCAUAGGACAGUGAGGAGACUGAGAAGAGGGCCUCAUCAGUGGUUUCAAAGUUGAUAAGAAUGAUUAAAUAGGCCUUUAAGGCCUGACAGAGUAAUUUGUAACAAAGUUUUAUUUUCAUUAGUAGAACUGUGAGAAAGCAAGGAAGUCAGUCUGGAAACAUGCAGGAACAGUUUUGGAAAGCCUGCUAUAAUUCAGGUUUGAAGUCCUAGUCUGAGUUAUGGGGAAUUAAAAAAUGCAUCCUGGAAAUCCUUCAAAAAUUGAGCUCUUGUAACAGGAUUUGGUAACUGCAUUAAGCUAGUGGUAUUCAGAGAUGGGUUAGCAAUUAGCUUGUAAGGGACAGUCUAGACAAAUGUGAGAAAACCUGAAGGCCAGGGAGUUGAUUUUCAUAUAUUUUUGCAUCCUGGGAAUGAUACAAUAAAUGAGCAUUAUAUUAAGAUGGAUAUAGAAAUCGGCUUAAUCUUGAUAGUUAUUGGACCUUUUAUUUUGGUUUACAAAUCUAGAAAAUUGAUUUUAUCAUUUAACCCAGAAGUUAUCAAGCCCUGGUGACAGGCAUCAUCAAAUUGACAGACGCUAAUAAGGUAUACCUUUCUUGAAGAACUUGGAUUGAUUGUAUAUACAGAGCAUCUCUAUUUAUUAAUAAUAACUUAGGUUUAAUUUUUCUACGGGUUUAAAAAUGUUUCUCAUUUCUAUGCCUCCUACGUCAGCUAAGGGCUGUGUUGGCACAGAUGAGUACCCACCAUAUUCUAGGCCAAUUAUACUCAAAUAAGUACCUGUGGUGAUUUAUAAUGUACGUCAUCCAGUAAUUAAUUUAAAAGAAGAGACAUUCCUAGCUUUAAAGGGGUAUAUACUCUUAAAAAUAAGGAAAUUGGGACAAAAAAAAGCUAGCACUCGGUAACCUAUAGUCUUCAUUCCUAGUGCUUCAAUGUAGGUGGCUAGAUUAAUGGUGUCAAAAAUGAGAGCCAGAUGUAUUUAAGGGGUAUUUCUUCCAAGUGCCACCUAUACUCUGGAUUUUGUCAAGAACAGCACUAUAUAGUAUGGUAGCUACUAAACCACAUGUGGCUCUUAAGCCCUUGAAAUAUGGCAUAACUGCAGAACUGAAUUUUUAAUUUUAUUCAACUUUAAUUAACUUAGAUUUACAUAGCCACAAACGGCUAGUGACUGCUGUAUUGAUAGUAUGGGUCUAGAACUAGAAUCAGUGAUCUGUAAUGAAAGUGCAUCCCCUGGACUCUUAUUUUCUUAAUCUAUGAUUCUUGCAAGUACACUGUAAUGCCCUUCAGAGCACUGAUUCCAGUUCCUGUUUCUAAACCUGAUGUGCUCAUCUCUAUAUUUUACUGUAUGUUUUAUCUGUUGCGUUUGUAAGUUGGUAAUUUAUUUUAAAUAUGUGGCAUUCUGGUGGUAGCUAGGAUGCACCUUUUUGUCAUCCUUUUCCUGCAUUUUUCUCCAGUUUCAUUAUAGACAUAGUGUACAUUUUCACACUGAAGAUCACUGUAAAUUAUAAAGGGUAUGAUGGAAUCUACAUGGUUGUCUAAGAAGAGGUCUUACCAGGGAUUGCCCUUCAGGCUGUUUCAUAUUGGUCAAGCUCAAGCAAGAGUAAACUAAAACCAGUGUUUUUACUGUGGAGAAUAUUUCUUUCUGAUGAUGGGCUCUUUUGGCUCUCCUUUGUCUUAUCAGAGUAUCUUGAAAGCCAACUAAGAUGUUGCUGAGCAUGGAUGAGAGCUAUAUAGUUUGUAUAGGCAAGGCUUUUGCCAGACAGAGCAUACAAAUACACCUCCACAGUGACCAGAAAGUUGGUCUCCCAGAUGAAUCUCUUCUCGGCAGUGUUUGGGGUACAUUGAGGUUCUUUGGCUGUAUUUUUGUGCCUCAGACUUACCACCGUCCUGGUGUUCACAUCCUUAGAGUAUAAUACAACAUAUUAGAUUUCCACUUAAAAACAGUUGGAUUCCAGGUUAUCCCAGUUGGAGUCUGAGGGAUUUGAAAAUUGGCCAUACCCUCAAGCUAUCUCUUGUUUAAUUCAGAAAGCUAAAUAGAUUUGAUGUGUUUGUUUAUUUCUCAAAGAGUAAAUAAACAUCCAGGUUCUUAGGAGGAACUUUAUACUAGCAGUCUCCCUACAUAUUGCCAACAAAUAUAAUACAGCUUUUCAUACAUAGAAAUAUAAUAUGGGGAGGACCAGUGUGAAGUAAUUGAUAGAUACAUCAUUCACAGUUUUUAGAAAUGGCCUGGCAAAAAUGGCAAGACAGUCAGACUGACUGACUUGCUGGAACUUUGGUAAAAUAUCCCUAUUUUAAUCACAUUAGUGAAGUCUCAGUGGAGUUGGAAGAUACCUGAGAGAUUUCUUAACAGUCCAACUGUGACAUUAUACAGAUGACAGGUGAAGUUCACCUGAGCUGAGCUUAUAUAGCUGAUGAGGAGCUAUAUAAGCUUUGAAACCAGAACCAAACUAUCCUGAGUCCAAUUUGGUCUUAGUCAAAGCCUGUUGCCAGACAUAAACUAAUGAACUUCCUUUUUGCUUUUUCUUCCUCUAUUCAUAAGAAAUGUAGCUAUGUUCCACAUUGGUGGCCAUAUUAAAUAUGUCUAUAUAAACUUUUAAACAUGUUAAAUUUAACAUUUUAGUUUUUUUGUGUGUGGCUGACCAGUAAGGGGAUUCAAACCCAUAACUGUAUAAGGCUGUGCUCUAACUACUGUUUAGAAGUAGUUUGAGAAGAAUCAUUGGACUAGUUCAUUGUAUUAUCUGUGGCAUAACAGAAUGCUGAGCCUGGGUUUAGAAAAAUUGUGUUUAGAGUAGUGAGUAUCAGUAAACAGCCCGUGGGCUCAACCCUAGACACUUGCUUUUGUAAAUAAAACAUCACAAUCA